AUGCCAGACAGUGGUCAUAAUGAUAAUGCACAAUCGGUCCACGAAGGUGAUCAGGCAAUUUAUGCGGAGCACUGGUGCUGCACAUUUGCUCAAAUACUCAUACCAUAUUUUUUGGCUGGCUCAGGAACCAUUACAGCGGGUAUUAUGCUGGGUAACGUCCAGGACUGGUCCGUCUUCCAGGAUAUGAAUGAGAUUUUUAUGUUGGUGCCGGCGCUGUGCGGUCUGAAGGGUAACCUGGACAUGUGUGUGGCAUCGCGCCUCUCCACCCUCAGCAACAUGGGUAGUUUGCAAAAUUCUGGCAACAUACGUGAGAUAUUGGUCGGGAAUUUGGCGUUGGUUCAGGUUCAGGCCAUUGUCUGCUCCUUACUGUUAACCACCACUGUUUGUAUCAUCAGCACGGUUUCGACGCCGGCGGCAACAGAUGUUGCACUCCACCAUUAUGGGACGUUGAUGGCUGCCACUCUGAUCACAUCGAGUAUCUCGUGCCUGCUUUUGGAUACGAUCCUUAUGUUGGUCAUACUUUUUUCGCAGCGAUACAGCUUCAACCCCGACUACAUGGCCAUACCGAUUGUAGCCUCCAUUGGGGAUGUAAUGUCGAUAAGUUUGCUCGCCUUUAGCGCAGCUGUCAUCUACGAUCUGAGCAAGCAUCACAUUUGGGUUAGCCUCAUCGUGGUUUUGAUAUAUCUGGUGUUUUUUCUGCCCCUCUGGAUUAUUAUUGUGUGGCAUAAUGAGUUCACACGCGUUGUGCUCAAGUACGGUUGGGUGCCCGUAUUGGGCGCUCUCUGUAUUAGUCAGGUCAGCGGAUACGUGCUUAGCUCGGCGGUGGAUGAAUUUCGCGGAUUUGCCGUUUUCUCGCCCAUUAUCAGUGGCCUUGGAGGGAACCUGGUAUCGGUGCAGGCCAGCAAUAUGGGAUCGAUAUUGCAUCGGCGUUCUCAGUUGGGAACCUUACCGACGGAUACACACAUUUGGGAAUGGCCCCAUCAUGUAAUGCUUUAUGGAACAGUAUAUUCGCGCGUAUCGCGCAUUCUCCUCAUUGUCUCUGUUCCGGGAAAUAUUGUACUCAUUUGCUCAGCAGACUAUCUCUACAAAUCCAUUAUCUCAGUCACAGCCAUCUUUGUGGGCUCCUAUGUACUGACCAGUUUAAUUCAGCUUCUCAUUUUGCUGUGGGUUGCUCACUCGAUGGUCCACCUGAUGUGGAAAUAUAAAAUAGAUCCAGAUAGCGCAGCAAUUCCCUAUCUAACAGCCUUAGGCGAUAGCUUGGGCUCUGGCCUGCUCUUGUGCAUGUUCUAUAUACUACGCUGCAUCAGGCAGGAGUAUCAGGGGAAGCGUGCGCCUUGGCUAAGGAUAAGCUAUGAUGAUGCUUUAAGGAAACAAGUAGUCUAA